UUCGGCCCUGAAGAAACUUAACAAAGCCAGAGGGAGGGACGUGAGAGAAACGACACCAAACCUACAAGACAGGAGUGAAUUACACAGGAGAUCAAGACUUGGAAUCCAUGUCUGUCAAGCGCUCCCAAAUUGCAGAUGUUCAGGGAGUCCCUCUGAUGAAAGAUACUGCAGACAAAUGGCAUGAUAUAUGGGACUUCCAAGCUCGGCCCGAUGACCUUCUCAUUUGCACCUAUCCCAAAGCAGGGACCACCUGGAUCCAAGAAAUUGUGGAAAUGGUCCAGCAUGGAGGAGAUCCAGAGAAAUGUGAUCAGACGCCCAUUGAAAAGCGGAUGCCCUUCAUAGAGUUGAUUCUUCCAAAACCUUUCCCCUUAAACUUAGAAGUGGUGAAAUCGAUGCCCUCUCCUCGCUCGCUCAAAUUUCACCUUCCAGUUCAACUCAUGCCUCCUUCUGUUUGGGAACAGAACUGCAAGAUCAUCUACGUGGCCAGGAAUGCCAAAGACAACGUGGUCUCCUAUUUCCACUUCCACCGCAUGAACAAGGGGUUGCCGGAGCCGGGAAACUGGGACCAAUUUGUGGAGAAUUUCCUAGCUGCAAAAACUGCCUAUGGCUCUUGGUUUGACCACGUUCGGGGCUGGUGGGAAGCCAAGGACAAGCACCCAAUUCUGUAUCUCUUUUAUGAAGACAUGAAAGAGGACCCAGCCCGGGAAAUCCGGAAAGUGGCCCAGUUUAUGGGCGUUGAGCUCUCGGAAGCGGCUCUCAACCGGAUCGUAAAGCACACAACAUUUGAGAGCAUGAAAGUCAACCCAAAGGUUAAUCAUUCCUCGGUUCCUUCUUCCGUCCUGGACCAAACCAUCUCACCUUUCAUGAGGAAAGGCACUGUAGGAGACUGGAAGGAACACUUCACAGUGGCUCAGAGCGAACGGCUAGAUGAAGCUUGUGCCCAGAAACUGAAGGGCAGCAGCCUGACCUUCCGCACAGAGUUAUAAGCACUCCUUAGUCACUAAACCGUCCCGGAUGGUUGGUUUUGCAUAAUUAUGUCAAGCGGGAGCUUUCAAACUGUUUACAGAUCAUUUUAAAAUGUAUUUCAAUGAAGUGGAAUAAAAACUUGAUCUGCUAUUA